UAGGGUUCGUCAUCCUUAAAACCAAGUCAAACACUUGGAGCUGGUUAUUCUUCAACUGAACCGACUCGUUCAAUUCUUCCCUCCUGCCUCUGCGAAAAACAAAAACGUCAUCAUGGUGUCGCUGGGCCGCCAGAUGCUGGGCUUCAUCCUGGCCAUCAUCGGAUUUUUGGGGACCAUCAUCGUGUGCGCCCUGCCAAUGUGGAAGGUGACCGCCUUCAUCGGUGCCAACAUCGUGACGGCGCAAGUGAUUUGGGAGGGUUUGUGGAUGAACUGCGUCAUGCAGAGCACGGGCCAGAUGCAGUGCAAGAUCUAUGACUCCCUGCUGGCCCUUCCCCAGGACCUCCAGGCCGCCCGGGCCCUGGUGGUCAUCGCUAUCAUCAUUGCGGGCUUCGGGAUCAUCCUGGGGAUCGCUGGGGGAAAGUGUACCAACUUCGUGGAGGACAAGGUGGCCAAAGCCAAGGUGGCGGUCGCGGCAGGCGUGGUAUUCAUCUGCGCCGGGGUCCUGGUACUCAUCCCCGUGUGCUGGUCGGCCAACACCAUCAUCCGGGAUUUCUACAACCCAAUCUUGACCAACGCGCAGAGGAGGGAGCUGGGCGCAGCCCUCUACAUCGGUUGGGGUACGGCGGCCCUGCUCAUCCUGGGUGGGGCUCUCCUGUGCAGCUCGUGCCCACCCAAGGACGGACCCGAGUACCCGGUCAAGUACUCGGGCGCAAGAUCCACAGCCACCAGUCGGGCCUACGUCUGAGGACUGACCCUGGCCAGGAAAAACAAGACUUUCAAGUACAAUCGAACCUCAGUUCACGGACAACCGCUUUUAUGGAAAAGUUGAUUUUCCGGCAAAUCUUGCUCCGGUUUACGAACUGUGCUUCCGUCACAGCAUCCAUACGGAACAAUCAGUUGUGCUAUUUCUUUUUUUUUCUUUUUUUUUUUGCUGUUUUUCUCUAAAAUAGGCCCUCAGUCUUAAAGUCUAAUGUCUAAUGCCAAACAUGACAACGGUGUUUGUAUUUCUAAUCUCACGAAGCAGUUUGGUUUGGCAAAAUCUUUACAAUGAAAUGUGUUGACAUUUAUUUUUGUAAUUCUUCUUAACUAAACCCACCAACAAAAAGAAGACAAAUGUAACAUGGUACUGGAACGGAUGAAUUGUAUUUUCUUUCAGUUUCAGAAUGAAUUAAGUUUGUGAACUAAGGUUAGAUAACGAGGCAUGAAAACUGCCUGAGGACUGAGCUCAAAUUUAUAUUCAUCUUGAACCAUAAAAGCAACAACAAUGGGAAGCUAUUUGUACAGCCACAUAUUAUCUUGUAAAUGUGUUUUGUGUAAAAAAAUGUUCUUCUUUCAUUAUCUUUUUUUUUUACCAAUUUUACUGAUAUUUAAUAAAUCAUUUGCUUACACU